AAAUUUUGAUAUCUCAAGAAAUUUUAAUAUACAUAAACAUGUCAUCAAAAAGUAUAGAAAAGCUUAUUUCUAUUAAAGAUCAUUCUUCGUAUAAUAUUGGAAGUCUUUCGUUAGAAAAUUUAGAAAAAGAUCCUUUUAAAACGUUUGAAAAUUGGUACAAAGAAGCAAUAAAUAUUAAAGAAGCAAAUGCAAUGACACUUUCAACAGCAAGUCUUCCAUCAGGACGAGUUUCAGCAAGAAUGGUUUUAUUAAAGGAAUUAGAUAGUAGAGGAUUUAUCAUUUAUAGCAAUCUUGAAACAUCUCGUAAAUCGCAAGAUCUCAAGUCAAAUACAUGGGCAGCGCUGACAUUUUAUUGGAAACAUUUAGAAAAGCAAGUACGAGUUGAAGGAAAAGUAGAAUAUCUUUCAGUUGAAGAAUCACAGAAAUAUUAUGAUAGUAGGCCAUUACUUUCUCGCUUAGGAGCAUGGGCAUCUCCACAGAGUGUUUAUUUAAAAGAUCGAUCAGAAUUAGAAGAAAAAUUUGAAGAGAUAAAAAGAAAAUUUUCAGAUGAAUUGAACAAUGAUGACUCCAAAAUACCAGUUCCACCUUUCUGGGGAGGACUUAGGAUUGUUCCUGAAUCUAUAGAAUUCUGGCAGGGUCGUGAAAAUAGACUUCAUGAUCGAUUUGUAUAUAUAAAAUGUAAAAAUGGAUGGGAUAUACAUAGACUGGCACCAUAAAAUCAUACAAAAACUAUAAUAUUCCUACACAAUUAAGACAAAAAAAAAUAUAAAUAAAAAAUCAAAAUUUAUCCUAUGAUGUUUAUUUUUUAAAAAGGGAUUCAGCAUGAGAAAUAUCUGAUAGAGAAGGUGAAUAUGUUCUCAUUUCUUUUAAAAUAGCUUUAGCAGAUGUUAUAUCUUUAACUGACAAAUAAGCUUGAAUCAUUGCUAUAUAAUUACUAGGUUCUCUCUUUGAGACGCUAUUCGUUUGUAAAUCAAGAGAAUCAAAAACUUCUCUUGCUUUUUUUAUUUGACCUUCUUGCAUCCAACCACGAAUAAGUAUAUUAGCUAUAUCAGCAUUUAAUAAUAUAUUAUUAUCUUUCAUCAGAGAUAAUAAUUUAGGAAUAUUUUUCAUAGAAUAGUUAGUGACAUAUGCAUCUAUUAAAGCUUGAUAUAAAGUAUGAUCUGGUAUUACUGGUUUAAAAUUACGUUUAGUAAUGGAAUCAAAGUAUUGUCUAGCAUCUUUCAAAUCCCGAAGAAUACAUCCUUUUGCAUAUAUAAUUGCUCCAUAAUGCCGAGUAGUAAUAGAAACACUAUUUUUUGUCAUAUCAGUUAAUACUUGAAGCGCUUUAUCAAUAUCUGGAGGAUCAAUAACAGUCCAACAAUCAAUAAGAAGUUUGUAUGUGUGGGGGGAAGGAGCUAAAACUUGGUUACAGAGCUUAUUAUAAUAUUUAAGUGCCAUUUGUCUAUUUUUCUUAGUAUGCACAUAAAAUUGCAUCAUUAUGUUAUAUGGCGCUACCCUAGCAUAAUAACGGGGACUGUUUUCCAUUUCUACAAAUAGAUCAUUUGCCAAUUCUUCAUUUCCAAUUUUACAACAAGCAUUUAUGAGAGUUCCAUAUGUAAUACUAUUGGGAAUAAUAUUAUUCUUUUUCAUUUCUGAGAAUAUUUCAAGAGCUUCAUGUAGUUUUUCUGCUCUACAAAGUUUUGAUAAAAGAGCAUUAUAAAAAUAUGUUGUAAACUCAACGUUAUACGAUUUUGCUUCACGAUAGAUAUUUAUAGCAUCAUCAGCAUCUUGAGAAGGCUCAGAAUUUUUCAAAUUUAUAAUAUAUGUAGCAAAAACAGAUGCACUUGGAGAAAACCCAAGUUCUAAUAGUUCUCUUUGAUAUUUCUUUGCAGCAUCCAUUUGGCUAGAAUAUAUUUGAGCAAUAAUCAUACUAUUCAGACAAAAUCCAAGAUAACAUAGUCCUGUAUCUCCA